AUGUCUGCUCCUUCUACCGCGUUCAACCCGUCUUCGCUCCUUCCACUGGAGUUGGUCGACAAGUGCAUCGGCUCGAAGAUCUGGAUAAUCAUGAAGGGCGACAAAGAGAUCGUUGGAACACUGCUCGGCUUCGACGACUACGUAAACAUUGUGCUGGAGGACGUAGUCGAGUACGAAACGACGGCUGAGGGCAAGCAGAUCACGAAGCUUGACCAGAUACUUUUGAACGGUAACCAUAUAACGAUGCUAAUCCCUGGCGGAGAAGGACCUGAAGUGUGA